AAUUCAACGUCCUCGUGAAUUCUCAAAAACUGUUACUAUAUCAGCAGCAUUGAAGGAUUUUUUACACAUUAGUUUCUUGUCCAAAAUUGUUUCUACUUCACAUUCCUCUUUAUUGGUUUCAGGAAUUACUUCAGGUGAUGGUUCCAUAAAUUUAGAAGCAAGUUUGCGAGUUGGUCAGUUGGUUUGUACAGGAUCAUUGAUAUUAAUGGCAUUUACUAGAACUUUAUCUCCUUCUUCAAAG